UGCAGUGCAUAGGAACAUUUUAUAUCAUAAUAUUCGUUAAAAGAUCCAAAUCCAGUAAACUUGGGAAAAACCCUGAAAGUGUAUCAUUAAAAUAUGAAAUCCCGCAAAUCUCUUAGAGACAUGAAAGAAUCCCCGAUAAUAUCCUAUAAAUAAACAACGAGAUAACGCAAUUACACAAAAGUGUUGCAGUCGAGUGACAAUAGAGGUAUUCUUCAUCGAGACAGCUUGUGGAACGAUCGAUUAUUAUUGGCAAAGGAGCAACAGAGUUUAGUCUUCGUUGACCAACGAACUGCGUCUCGCGUUUACGACUUCUCCAAAUACAAAAAAAAACUACUUCGGUCCCAAAACAGGUAAGUACAGUCUUGCGAUAAUAGACUGGAUCCAACGAGCACUUAUCAAUAAAUACUCACAGUGUACGAGAGACAGUCACCGAGUUAAGAUCACUUCGUAAACAUGAGCAAAACACGCAAAAGAAUGCCAUCUUACCGGCCUUGGGGCUCGACGGAGGAUGGUCGGAUAGAAUUCGAAUCCUUAACGGAUGAGACUCUGGAAGGCGCUCUCGAUGUAAUCAGGAAGGGCUUCUUCCCCCACGAGUCCAUAUGCACAGGCGUGAAUUUGACUUCUGAACCUGGAGCGUCCGAGGAACUCGAAGAACUUUGCUUGAACGCGACUAGGGACGGUGUCAGUGUGGUGGCCAUCGAUGUCCACAGCAACGAGGUCGUCGGUGUCUGUUUUAAUAAAAUUCAAAUAUUGAGUGCUGGCUCGGAAAAGAGCUACUUUGAAUCCUUCCGCGACAACUGUCGGUAUAAGUCGUCGAAGCACUUAGUGGAUUUCAUGAUAAACAUAGAUUCAAGGAUCAAUCUCUUCAAGCAUUACAACGUCAACUGCAUCCUCGAGCUCAUGUUUCUCGCAACUCUACCCGACUAUAGAGGUCGACGAAUAGGCGAGUUGCUAAUCACCUCGUCGUUGGAGCUCGGCAAAGAGCUGAGACGCGACAAGAAAGUGAAGACACCCGUCACGAUACACUGUAGCAAUGAGCUGACGAACGCCGACACGGUGCCGGUCUUGGCCUCAGCUAUUAUGACAUCCAGUUAUUCGCAGCGCAUUGCCAUGAAACUUCACUUCGACCAGCUGUUGGAAGUUUCCUACGACGAGUUCGAGUUCGACGGAAAAAAAUUUAGCGAAACAAUCAGCCGGGAACACCAACGGUGCACCUUGGUGGCCAAGAGACUCGCUCUGACGUAAAUGACAAUUGUGCGAAUAGCAAUCGUAGUACUUUUUGAAUAGAAAAUGGAGGUAAAACAAUACUUUUAACAAGUCAAUAUCAUUAUAAGAUUGCAAAAUACCUUAAAGCGUCAAUAGACUUAAAUCCGAAUAUUCCGUCCAAAUAAUCUUCCUUUUGAAACAAGAUGCUAAAGACAAAGAAUAUUGGAGCGUAAGCAAUCAAUAUUUCAAGCUAAUCAAUAUUUCAAUUAUUAUUUGAUCAAAUGUUUCCUACUAUCAUAAUAUACAUACGCUAAGAAAAUUCUUUAUUAUUCCUAUAUUAUCUUACGUCAUAUCAAUUUAGGUAAAUAAAAUAACUAGUGUCAUUAAUUUUUUUAUCAAUGGAUAUCUUUUCUAAAGUUUUAAAAUAAAAAAAGUAAUAUAUAAAUUAGAUAUAAAGGCGCUUUUAUAUGAGGUUCAAGUGAGUUUAAAUAAUUUAUCUAAUAGUUUUGUUGUUUUAUUUUAAAAUGCUAAUAUCUUAUUACGUGUUAUUUUGCACGUAUAACUGCACAUGCAAUUUAAAAAAAACAAAAUUUUUUAUUUAUGUGCACAAACUAGAAAUAAUUUUAUCAACUAGAAAUAAAAUUUUUAUGCGAUUAAUAUAUUGCUUCAUAACGAUGCGCGCAUGCAAAUUUGUGACGGAAGGACAGAUUGAUAGCGCAUUGAUAUUGUUAGAAUAAUGUAGCUAUUGAUAAUAACGAUAAUACCGGAAAAUAUAGGAUAACGCUCAAGAAACAUGACAUCACCCACACAC